AUGGAUGCUGGUUGCUUCACUGGUGCGGUCUUUUUGGAUCUCAGUAAAGCAUUUGAUACCGUCGAUCACACAAUGUUGUUGGAUAAGCUUCGUAUACUUGGAGUAGACGAGGAUUCUCUCGAUUGGUUCGAAUCAUACUUAUCUGAAAGAAGUCAACCUACGUCUGUCAGUGAUAGUAUAUCAUCUCCUUUGCUUGUAUCUGUUGGAGUCCCUCAGGGAAGCAUACUCGGACUGUUGCUUUUUGUUGUGUAUGUGAACGAACUACCAUCACUCAAUCUACAAAGUAAA